GAUUUAUGUUCCCCAUAUCACGCCUUGAGUUCUUGGAGGUGACCAAACCUCUGCUUGGUCCAUUGCAACAUAAAACGAAAUUAGCACUAGCUUUCUCUGGUGGGGCGGAUUCGCUUUGUUUGCUGUUCCUUUUGCAUCGUCUCCUCUUAUCAAAAGAGGGCAGUGCUUCUUGUUUCCCUAAAUCGACCCCUCCAACAAUUGUCGCCUUCACGAUUGAUCAUGGACUUCAGAGGAACUCCAAGGCCGCCGCAGAUCAGGCCGCAGAGCUUGCACGGCGACUGUCUGUCGAGCAUCAUACCAUAUCCAUACCAUGGGACUCCCACCCAUUCCCAUCCAAACCCCUGGAUGGCUCGGCAAUGGAACAGAAGUCCCGAGAUGCACGCUAUCAUCUCAUGUUUGCCGCAAUGCAGAGCCAUCACAUUAACUGGCUGGGACUAGGGCAUCACGCGGACGAUCAAGUUGAAACAGCUGUAAUGCGGCUGAGUCACGGAAGUGCACAAUUCGGGCUCUCCGGAAUGCGACCUAUACGCCGUUGGGGAAUGGGAGGACUCUCCGCACUAACUUGGGCGGGGCUACCGGGCAUGACUACUUGGAUUGCCCGACCACUCCUGACGUUUCCCAAGGAACGCAUCAUCGCGACAUGCUCAGCUGAAGGAUUGCAAUUCAUCACCGACAUCACCAACUUCCAGCCAUCACUAACUAUUCGCAAUUCUAUUCGUGCAACUAUUGCUGCUCUGGAUUCAACAGGAGGGUUGGCUUCCGACUCCCUUCCUUUGCUCGGUCGUGGUCCCUCUAUGGUCAUGAGAGCAAAAGAGAAUGCUCGGCAUUGCUUAAGUGAGGAUCUAGAAGAAUCCACUUCUGCUCAGCUUCAUAGGUGGGUAACGCACCACGGGUCCCAAUCUCAAUACCACGAAAAACAAGCUAGCGAAUACAUUAGUAAAUAUUCCAGACCAUCACCACCGUCUACAUUGCUCUUAUGUACACAGCUAGUACCUUCUCCGGAGGUCCAAGCCGCCAUCAUACUCCGCGUCCUUCGAUACGUGUCUCCAAACCCUUGGGGACACAACACGUCACAGUCAAGGAGGAAAGCCACAAGUAUCGCUCUCAUAGCCUCUCGACUCUGGCCGAUGGCGGGGCAAGAGCUUCAUGCCCCUUUUGCUGCUGGUUCUCAGGUUCUCUGGGCCUCGGUCCCAACAUUGCAGGAGGGGUUGCUACUACGCACGAGCUCAGUUUGUGAAAGGGGCGCGGUCACACCUGCUUGGCUCGCGGUCCGCCAACCGCUGUAUCGCCGUAGAUGUCCUUGCCAUAAUAAUGGUUCUCCCGAAACUGGUUCUCUUUGUCUUCCUCAUGAUGGCGAUGGCACGGUUAUCACUGUUGUAUUUGACCUUCGCUUUCUUAUUCGCAUCACACCACACGCGAACCCUCUCAUCUCUCGUCUCAAAAUGGACAAGCUCUGCUUCUCAGUCUCCGGCCAUGGCCCUUAUCAUCUUCCUCUCAUCACUCUACGGGGUCCGGGUCUGUCUGGAGUUGUGAUUUGGAAGCUAGACACCUCGAACGUCCCCCUUUCGGCAACUGUCCUCACAAAAAGUGAAUGGCUUGAGGUGAAACUGAUACGUUCGCUGGAACCAUGUUGACGAAGAAGUACUCUGCGCUACACCCCACGCCAUAUUUUGCACCGGAUACAUUGUAUGGAAAGAGGGAAGAAUCCCAGUCCGAGCUGACCAUGUAGUUGACGAAAUGCACAAAGUCCCAGAUCGCUGGGGUCUUUAGGGAUGGGU